ACACGGCAAAGUUAAAUGUGUUUCUGUUCUUUUCUCACUUUGCUUUGUUUUUAUUUUUCAGUUACCUUGGGGUACUGGGAAUUAACCGCGAGCUGACCGCGAAAUAUUGACCAAUGAGCUCUUUCAAUGGUGACGUAAGGUUCCCAAUAAUGGCUUACUUUUUGGACGGGUACAACGUUCGUAAUUAGCCAAAAAUAAACCUCACAAAGAUGCUGAGUAUGAGAUAUUUUGGAAAGGUAUAAAUGCCUGGAGAUAACUAUUGAUUACACCACUAGUCACCAGCUAGAGGGGGAGAAUAGCCACGCUAACAUGGUUUGGAAGGAAAACGGCAAGUUCGGGGUUCACACUGGUCGAACUCUUCGAAAGUCCGCCGAGCAGUCUUCUAACAAGAGGGAUCGCGGAUUUCUGAUCAAAACCGUUACUAACCCGGACAUUAACUUCACCGAUGAAGACAUAAGGCGAUGCCUGAAGAAGUGUCAAAUACAAGACGGUCUUAACGUCGAAAACGUGGUGAAAGAAAGCCGCGAAAGUCGGCAUCGUCGCCUCUGGCAUGUCGGCGGCCGUGCAGUCCAUGAUAACUCGCUGUUGUAUUCUCUCGGAAAGCGAAAACGAUGGCUCGUAUCUUCGGUCUUGAGGGAGCAAAUUCCUGCAGAUUACGACAGUGAAAAUGACUAUAGCGUGGUACUUGUAGAAAGGGAAUCACUAAAUAAUUCUUCUUGGUACUGCCGUUCUCCGAGACUGAAACGGGGAGAUUGCAAUGAGGUAGUGGACGGUGAAAACGUAAGGAAACCCAAACGGAGAAAGUUCGCUCACGUCGGGGACUUGUGGAACAGUUCAGACAAAACCGAGAUCUUUUACGAGGUGAAUCAUACAGAAACUACCACUUCCUGGCCGAGCUUCUUGCAGUAUGACUGGAGGGAGUCCAGAGAUCAGAACAAGGCUCGAUGUAAACAGAAGGGGACAAAGAACAAAAGGCGUAUGUGGGGGGAAUUCAGCAGGAACGAGUUGGGCAAGACAUCUUGUGAAUCUCGUCAAGAAAGAACUUUUGAUCAAGACAUGAAAACUACUAUUGAAGAGGAGGAAGAGAUGGUUCUGAGUGUAGACAACUUUGGGCACUGUUCAGGCUCAAUGUUAGAUGAACAUUACUUUGUACAAAGAUCUAUUAAUAAGUACUUUGAUAUCGGAAAUUACAUCUGGGAAGCUCUAACAGCAACUCCAGCACGUAGUGGCGUAAAGAACAAAAAGAAACAUGGCGAGAGAACACCCUCUACUGUAGACCCGGCCUCUUCACAGAUGGUCCAGCAGCAUGGAAAAGGAUCUGCUGUUCACAUUGACUCUGUAGACAGUCUGCAUAAUGGUUACCAAGACAGCACAGUGUUGGAAACUCCAAGUUCUGGUGUAAAUACUCCUCUGACUGCUGAUGGUGUAACUUACUGUAAAGCAGUUUCUGUAAAUGUAGACAUCAAGAGUGAAAAACUUGACCCCUGGGCACUGCAGGCACAAUUUGGAGAGAUGUACAAGGAGAGUGAUAGUGUGCCACGGCGAUUCAGCAUUAACUGCCCUACCGAUCAGUCUACCAAGUUCGUCAUCACAUGCUGGCCCAAUGAUGCUCUCAAGACUGUGGAUAACAGAACUGAGAGGUUAGCUGUGACAGUUAUCAGUGAUUCGAUGCCCUCUAAAAAAUCUUAUGACUGCAAGGAAUUCUUGAGAGAUUUCUUCAGUGUUUCAGAGCAAGGGAGUCAAAUUGAAGAUGAACCACCAUGCAGCACUUUGCUUGAUCAAAGACAGUUCAUCUCUGAUGAUAACUGUCCCAGCAGAGUAGCGGUGAUGCCUUUUGAUCUGCUUUGUGAUAUAAACAGAUGGUCGUACAAAGCGUCCGUACCAAGUCUUGCUCUGCCAGAUGGUCUGAAAAGUAAUGCACCAUGUAGAAAAGCCAUGGCUAAUGGAGAAUCAAAUGUUCCCAGUCUACCUGAAACUGUUGUGUGUGAAAUCUGCUGCUGUGAAUUUUAUUUGGACAGUGGCAAUGAAACCAGACCCAUGGAGUUUUCCUGCACUGCUAUGAAGUCCUGUUCACACUGGUUCUGCAAUGAAUGUUGGAAGGCUUACUUGUUUACUGAGUUACAACAGGGCAAGACCAUCAUCAAGUGUCCAGCUCAUGACUGUGAUGUACCAGUUGAUGAUGUCACCUUAAUGGGACUUCUACCAGACAGGUUCCUGAAGUUUCUAACUAUGCGACAAGAGAAAACAGUAGAGUUGAAUUCUGAAUGGCAGUGGUGCCCUGGGGACAAGUGUAACCUGGUUGUCAAGGCAACUGCCCACAAAAGCACAAAAGAAACAAAGGAAGAAGUUGAUCCAGUGCCCAUAUGUUGCCAGUGUGGACACAAAUGGUGUUUUGCCUGCCAGGAGGAACCUCAUUGGCCAGCAUCAUGUGCAGAGGCUGCGUUCUUUCGUUCUCAGACAGAGGCUUAUGAAAAGCUUAUUAGAGCCAAAACUGGUGGAAUAACUUCGGUUAAUGUUAAGCGAUGCCCUCAUUGCCGUUACCCCAUUGAAAAGCACCAAGGGUGUCCUCAUAUGUCUUGUGUCAUGUGCAAGGGAGAGUUUUGCUGGACCUGCCUUGGAAACUGGGCCAAUCAUCACUGGGAUAAGUGUGACAAAGACUUGAAACAAGAGGAGGAGGUGGAACUGGUUAAUCAUAUUGGAUCAACUCGGUUCAACAGGCAUUUGCGAGUUGCUAUUGCGAACCGCGUUGCAAGAGCUGGUCCCAUCCUGUAUGAGAAGUACAGUGCUGUCAAGAAGCUUGAAGGAGUGCUGCAAGUUCACAAUGGACUUUUUGGAGGCAGCUUUUGUGAGGAAAAAGGCUCCAUGUGGUCAGCUUCCUUCUUGCUGCUGAGCUUGUACAAUUCUCAUAAAGUGCCUAAGUACCUUAAAGCUUCCAUAGAUUUCAAGUUUCAAGCUCAUUUUGUCAUCGAAGGUGUGUCCAUCUUGAUGGCAGUUUCUAAAACAAAGAGUUGUCAUGGUAAGCUUCAGAGGCUUGUAUCAACCCUGUUGUUUGUUGUGGACAGGCUGGAGGACAUGGCUAAUAAGAGAAAGCUUUACUCGGAAACUGACAAGGUGCAUUUCAAGAGGCUUAUGAGGGCUGGAAAGCAGUGCAUUGAUUGUAUUAGAAAACUUUGCAUCAAAGCUCAUCAAAACUAAACGACAAUUGUUUUUCAAAUAAAUCAAGGGAAAAUUGUACAAUGCAUACAGUAUGUGCAUGAGGAACAAAGAGAAUGUGUUUUCUAGAUACAUUUAUAUUUAUUCAAGGUGGUGUCAAAAAUAAACCAAAAUGUGUAAUAUUGAAUUCAGUUACAAAUUAUUAAAUAUUGUUACAAAUUAUUGAAACCUGUUGUUUUUAUUUUUGUAAAGCUAUUCUAAUCUAAAUAUUAGUUUGUCGGCAACAUCCAGAGGACAUCACGCGAACUC